AUGGCCGGUCCUAGCAAGUCCCUGGUCCUUGACCCGGCCCUCCAGAAAUACUACGAACUCAACGCAAACCGCUACAAGUACUUCCGCUGGACACCGCGUCAUGCUUGGUUCUCCUUCCUCUACAUGGCUCUGAUCCCCGGUGCAUUGGGCUACAUCACAUACAAGACCGACGGCAAAUUCGAACUCCGCGGAAAGAGGAAAGGCGAUACCAUUGCUGAGUAUUGA